GGAUGCAAAUAGAAAACUAAUAGUGAAGAAUACCAAUGAAAAUUCAAGUGAAUACAUGGAAACGAUAAUAUCAGUAGUGGAUUCAAUUAUUCAGAGAUCUAUCGACUAUGUACAAAAGUUAAACAGUGAUUCUUCGAAAGUUGACAUAAAUCAUGGAAAUUCUGAAAAUACUCAACAGCAUGGUGCAACAAUAGGUCAAGGGAAAUCAGAUGAAUCUCCAGAAAUGAUACGUAAUCUAAUAACAUCAAUAAUACAGUCAUCAUUAUAUCGUGUCUAUGAAAAAGAUCUACUUAAUAAACUAAGUAUGAAACCUGAGAAUUCCGAAAGUCCAUAUGAAAUCAACCCAACGGAUUAUAAUUACUAUGAUUUGGAAAAAUUAUAUCCCAAUGAAAGUUCAUAUGAAAUCAAUGAUGAAAUUAUCUUAUCAGAUAAACCUUUACCAAUUCCUAAUAUACAAUGGCCUACUAUUGAAGAAUUUACACCAAAAUUAGGACUGGAAAAAAUUGAGAAAUAUGUAAAGUGUUGGGAAAUAAGUGAUAAGUGGCUUUACUGCGUUGAUAUUUUGCCAAUCGUGGAACUAAAGAAUGAAACGCUUCAUAAAUAUCGAGUGAAAUUUAGUCUACCAUCUAGGCGUUCACCCAUACCAAAAUCUACGGUAUCGGUUUACUUCACGCUACGAAUAUCUCGGAUAAAGCCAAAGAAUUCAGCUAUACUUGUCUAUUAUCAAGUCGAAACAUUCCGCUCAAUACAAAUGAGCUACCGACCCGUUUUACUAAAUAAAAACGCUUGCAUUAUAAAUCGUAAAUUUAAUUAAUUUUCUUUUAAAUCGAGUGAACAAUAAUUUCACACAGUAAAAAUAAUAAGAAUACAAGUAAAACAUAAUUAUCACAUUAUCCAAAAAAACAUUAAUACGAGAACUGUGUAAUCUGAUACAAACAUUAUGAAUGGAUUCCUUCCCGUGAAUGAUAAAGUGAAAAAUGUAAAUAAUUUUUCAAAAAAAAAACAGUCGAAUUUCAUUUUUUUAAAAACUUUAUUUAAAAGCAAUUAAAUCUAGGAACGACUAAAACACUUUUCAUAUACCAAGAGUAAAA